ACUAUACGGAGAAACUAACACGCAGCAAGUCAAUGCUUUGAGCAGGGAAUUGUAGAUCCGUACGUCCGCUGAGGAUGAUAUCAAUGCUCUCUGUUUAGCUCUGCGUCAUUGUUUUAUGUAUACUCCACUUAUUUUUGAUUUAUUCCUUUCAUAAAAAAAAAUCUCUUUUUCGCUCUUCGACGAAGAAAGGCGAUUGCUUGCUGGCGAGAAUGCCGCUUGGGCAGAUGAAGGAGUCUAAGGGAGCUGAGAGGCACUUUGUUAAGAAGCCGCUGCAGUCCGCCGCAGUUAAUCAACCGGCGACGCCGCCGCCCCCGCCGGCGGCGCCGUUGGCUAAGAAGAAGUCUGGUAUGCGGCGUAGGGCGAAGGGCAGGGGUAAGGUGACGGAUGAGGUAAAACCGCGGGAGCCAGCGGUCGGGGAAGUGACCUCGGCGGGGAUGGCAGGGUCUCCAGUUUCGACGAAGGCGAUCACUUUCCACCAGCGGCCGGGGUUUGGCCAGGUAGGCGUCAAGUGCGUCGUGAAGGCGAACCAUUUCCUCGCGCAGCUUCCGGAUAAAGAUCUGAACCAGUACGAUGUGACGAUUACGCCAGAGGUGAGUUCAACGCAGGUGAAUAGGGCGAUAAUGGCGGAACUGGUGAGGGUUUACAGGGAGACGGAGAUGGCAAUGAGGCUUCCAGCCUACGACGGAAGGAAGAGCCUCUACACCGCGGGAAUUUUACCUUUUAGCUUCAAGGAGUUCGUUGUCACUCUCAGCGUGGAGGAUGAAGGAACCGGAAUCACGAGGCAUAAGGCGUAUAAGGUGGCAAUUAAGUUCGUUGCUCGAGCUGACCUUGGCCAUUUAAGACUGUUUCUUGAAGGGAAACAGGCUCAUGCUCCGCAAGAAGCCCUUCAGGUGCUAGAUAUUGUAUUGAGGGAACUAUCAAAUCAAAGGUACAUGGCAGUGGGUAGAUCCUUCUAUUCUCCUGAGAUCAGGAAGCCACUGAGGCUGGGUGAUGGUUUGCAGUCUUGGGGUGGGUUCUAUCAAAGCAUUAGGCCGACUCAGAUGGGGCUGUCUCUUAACAUUGACAUGUCGUCGACUGCUUUUAUUGAACCGCUUCCGGUGAUCGAGUUUGUAGCUCAGAUAUUAGGCAAGGAUGUGAUCUCAAGGCCAUUGUCAGAUGCUGAUCGAGUUAAGAUUAAGAAGGCUCUCAGAGGUGUGAAAGUUGAAGUAACUCAUAGAGGAGCCGUGCGUCGUAAAUAUCGAGUUUCAGGGUUGACAUCCCAACCUACACGCGAGUUAAUCUUCCCAGUUGAUGAGCAAAUGAAUAUGAAAUCUGUCGUUGAAUACUUCAAAGAGAUGUAUGGAUUUACCAUUCAACAUUCUCAUCUUCCUUGUCUUCAAGUGGGAAAUCAGAAAGCAAAUUAUCUUCCCAUGGAGGCUUGCAAGAUAGUGGAGGGUCAGAGAUACACAAAGAGAUUGAAUGAGAAGCAGAUAACUUCCUUGCUGAAAGUAACAUGCCAGAGACCCAGAGAUCAAGAGAUGGAUAUUCUACAGACAGUUCACCAGAAUGCUUAUGAACAAGACCCCUAUGCAAAGGAAUUCGGAAUUACAAUCAGCGAUAAACUUGCCACCGUCGAAGCUCGGGUUCUCCCUGCUCCAUGGCUAAAGUAUAAUGAAACUGGAAAAGAAAAGGAAUGUCUACCACAAGUUGGACAAUGGAAUAUGAUGAACAAGAAAGUGAUAAAUGGAUGCAUAGUAAGCAACUGGGCUUGCAUCAACUUUUCAAGAAGCGUUCAAGAAAGCACUGCUUAUGGGUUUUGUCAGGAGCUAGCACAGAUGUGUCAAGUAUCUGGCAUGGAAUUCAACCGAGAACCUAUGAUACCAAUCUAUUCUGCAAGGCCUGAUCAGGUAGAAAAGGCUCUUAAACAUGUUUUUAACAUGGCAAUGAACAAACUGAAGGGAAAAGAGCUGGAACUUCUUCUAGCCAUACUUCCAGAUAGUAAUGGUUCUUUAUAUGGUGACCUCAAAAGAAUCUGUGAGACUGAUUUGGGAUUGAUAUCUCAAUGCUGUUUAACAAAGCAUGUUUUUAAGAUAAACAAACAGUACUUAGCAAAUGUUUCACUCAAAAUAAACGUUAAGAUGGGUGGGAGAAAUACUGUUCUUUUGGAUGCUAUUAGUUGGAGAAUUCCUUUGGUCAGUGACAAACCAACUAUAAUAUUUGGAGCAGAUGUAACUCAUCCAGAGACUGGGGAGGAUUCUAGUCCAUCAAUUGCUGCUGUUGUUGCUUCCCAAGACUGGCCAGAAGUUACAAAAUAUGCUGGACUUGUGUGUGCUCAGGCUCAUCGGCAAGAACUUAUUCAGGAUCUUUAUAAGACAUGGCAUGAUCCUCAGCGGGGUACUCUUACUGGAGGCAUGAUAAGAGAGCUCCUGAUUUCUUUUAGGAAGGCAACUGGUCAAAAGCCAAUGAGAAUAAUAUUCUACAGAGAUGGUGUGAGUGAAGGGCAAUUCUAUCAGGUCCUUUUGUACGAAUUGGACGCCAUCCGUAAGGCUUGUGCUUCGUUAGAACCAAAUUAUCAACCUCCAGUGACUUUUGUCGUGGUUCAAAAGAGACACCACACCAGGCUUUAUGUGAACAACCAUAAGGAUAGAAACAGUUCAGACAAGAGUGGAAAUAUACUACCUGGUACUGUGGUUGAUUCCAAAAUUUGUCAUCCUACAGAGUUUGACUUUUACCUUUGUAGUCAUGCUGGGAUCCAGGGAACUAGCAGACCAGCCCAUUACCAUGUCAUAUGGGAUGAAAACAAUUUUACAGCAGAUGAAAUGCAGACUUUGACAAACAAUCUCUGCUACACGUACGCUCGAUGCACUCGAUCAGUAUCUGUCGUGCCGCCUGCAUAUUAUGCUCAUCUUGCUGCAUUCCGAGCGCGAUUUUAUAUGGAACCAGACUUGUCUGAUAACCAGACAUCACAGAGCAUGAGAAUGCAGAAUGGUUCAUCUGUGAAGCCUCUUCCAGCAUUGAAAGAGAAGGUGAAGAGAGUUAUGUUCUACUGUUGAGGCUUGAUCAGAAAGCAGAAGAGAGAAUGAGAAGAUUUCUUGUACAUUAUAUUGUACUUAUAUUGUAGAGAUGAUCUUUAAAUCAAGCAUCUUAGAAGCUGGGAAAUCCUUUGAUUGAUUGCUAAGUUGAUAUUUGUUACUUGUACACAGUCUGAGGCUAGAAGAGUUUUAGUUCAUCUUCUUUUGUUGAAUAUCCAGUUGAGAGUUUUGAGGACUAUGUUAUGAAACUCAAAAUUAUUUGGAAAGGAAAAGAAGCAUAUCUAUGGAUAUUGGAGUUAUGUAAA